AUGAGCCGUGCGAAUCACCUCUCUGGAGAUCCAGCUGCGAUUAAUGAGUUCAUUGACAAGUUCGACAUCUUCCUUCUUGAUUGCGAUGGAGUCCUAUGGUCCGGUGACCAUUUGUUCCCUGGAACAGUCGAGACGCUGGAAUUAUUGAGAUCCAAAGGAAAGAAAGUUGUGUUUGUCACAAACAAUUCUACCAAAUCUCGAUCCGACUACCAGAAGAAGCUCACUUCCAUGGGCAUACCUAGCAAUGUCGAAGAAAUCUUUGCAUCCGCCUAUUCCUCCGCAAUUUACAUCUCCCGAAUCCUGAAAGUCCCUCCACCAAAGAACAAAGUCUUUGUCAUUGGCGAGAUAGGAAUCGAGACAGAGUUGAAGAGUGAAGGUAUCGAAUUCAUUGGAGCAACGGAUCCUGCAUUCAGACGAGACAUCACACCCGAGGACUACAAAGGAAUCGCAGAUGGGAGUCUUCUAGACGACAACGUCGGAAUCGUGCUUGCUGGUCUUGAUUUCCACAUCACAUAUCUCAAGUACGCACACGCAUACCAGUACCUCGCACGCGGUGCCAAGUUCCUUGCGACAAACACCGACAGCACACUCCCCGCGAACCACACUUUCUUCCCAGGUGCUGGCUCGAUAUCAAUCCCAUUGAUCAACAUGACUGGACAACAACCCACUGCUCUUGGCAAACCAAGUCAAGCCAUGAUGGAUUCGAUAGAGGGCAAGUUUCAGUUCGACCGCAAGAAGGCUUGCAUGGUGGGAGAUCGCCUAGAUACAGAUAUCAGAUUCGGUAUAGAGGGCAAGCUUGGAGGAACCCUAGCGGUUUUGACAGGCGUUGCAAAGAAAGAACAUUGGGAAGGUGAAGAUGCGAAGGUUGUUCCAGCCUAUUACGUUGACAAAUUGAGUGAUCUGAAGGGUUAA